UCCUUUAACGGCUUGACCCGAUAAUUUUCCCAUGGAAGAACAUGUCAGGGAAAUGUUGUGAUAAUAUAUUUUUAAUAUUUUCUCGCAAACUUCCCCAAAUUCACCUUGAAAAAUCGAAAAUAGUUCUCAAAAAUCCAGGGAACAAUACGAAGUGGUUUAUGAGCUCGGUUAGAAAAUUGUGAAAAUCGUUCGAUAGCAUCAACUUUCUGCGUUGAAAUUUUAGGGUUUAUGAGUGAAUGCUGUUGAAGAGGCGUUUUUAGUUCGAGUUGGUGCCGGAGACAAAGUAAUUAUGUCGUUCGGAGCUUCGACAAUGUCGAACAACAUGGGAUUAGCUUAUAGUGGUGAUGGAGCAUCUAUGUAUACCUCGAUUAGCCGACCUACUUCGUCGCCCUCACCUUCCCCAACGCCUACUUACAACAACCCUAACGGAUCCGGCGGUGGAGCUAGAAUUUCCGGUGAAAAUCAUUCUAUGGCUUUGGUGACGGUAGGGUUGGACACAAGCGGUGGCGAAGCAGUAAAGCGGAAGAGAGGGAGGCCGAGGAAGUAUGCCCCCGACCUCUCUGUAACACCGGUGGCGAGGUUACCGCCUGCCGAAGCGGCUGCUCAAGGUAGUGGUUUUUCGUCUCCGGCGUUGUCUUCAGGGAAGAAGCCGAGGGGUAGACCACCUGGUUCGUUGAAUAAGCAACCUGCUGCUGCUUCAGGUUCACCAGGAGUGGGGUUCAUGCCGCAUAUCCUUGAUGUUAAAGCUGGAGAGGAUGUGUUGGGAAAAUUGAUGUGGUUUUCUCAAAACAGCACUCGAGCUGUGUGCAUUCUAUCAGCUAAUGGCGCCAUAUCUAAUGUUACACUUCAGCAGUCUGCAACAUCUGGUGGAACUGUCACAUACGAGGGACGAUUUGAGAUCUUAUCUCUUUGUGGUUCAUUUAUGGUUUGUGAGAGUGAUGGGCAAAGAAGCAGGACUGGUGGUUUAAGCGUGUCACUUUCAGGGCCAGAUGGUCGUGUUUUAGGUGGUAAUGUGGCUGGCCUUCUCACUGCUGCAUCUCCCGUUCAGAUGAUUGUUGGUAGCUUUGUUCCCGCAAGUCAGAAACAAAGAAAAACAGAGGCGGAAAUAGUCAACACUACUCCGGUCAAUGUGGGGACCACAAGCGGAUCUUCAGGUGGAGGGAUCGGGAGCCCGCUAGUCCACAGUAACAACAGUAAUCCACAAGGUAUGGCUAAUAUGCCUUGGAGGUAACUAAAUGUCUAAAUCCCAUUUGUUUGUGUUGUAAGCAACAUAACAUAACUCUCUAUUAGGAAGGAGAAGGAACCUUGUCUUUUUUUUUUUGGUUAAGUUUCUAAAUUAGUGUGUAAGGGUAGUUGUAUGCCAACAAAUGUGAUGAUGGGUUAAUUAUGAGUUGUUGGUUUUAUUGAAAA